ACCUAUGUCCAUACGGUGCCAGACUUUAAUAAGAUGUUGGCGGAUCCUACUAAAAAAAUCAAAGAUGUCUUUCUGCCCACGCCUGAGGUGGCUGCCAUUUCCUGGGAGUCUGCGAAAGAGUUUGUGCCGCAGGAUGCCUCGACCAACAUUUUCCUAGCGACGUUCACAACAGCUUGGGCUCGUCUCAAGCUGUAUAGUGAAAUGGAAAAAUUGGGUAGGGACGUCCUGUAUCACGACACAGACUCCAUAAUAUAUGCCUCAAAUGGAAGAAAUGAUCCCCCGUUAGGAAAUUUUCUUGGAGAGUUUACGGAUGAACUGGAUGGAGAUGUCAUCAAAACCUUCGUCUCUGGAGGACCGAAAAACUACGCAUACCAGACGGCCAGUGGGAAAACUUGUUGCAAAGUCCGAGGAUUUUCCUUGAACUUUCGCAAUUCUCAGUUGCUGAAUUUUGAAGCCAUUAAAAGUCUGGUCUGCAGCCUCGACCGAAGUGAGAUCAUCUCUCUCCACAACCCCUCCAAAAUCACCCGAGAAGCGAAGAGAAGAAAGGUGGUGAAUAAACCGGAAACAAAACUGUACAGAAUUGUAUUAGACAAACGGGUAAUUCAAAAAGACUUGAGCACAUUGCCGUAUGGUCAUUAGUAUAUUGAAGAAGAACUUUUUAUGUUUAUGUUAGAACCUUAUCUGAAAAUGAAAUUUUGUAUGUAUAUAUAUAUAUAUAUGUGUGUGUG